AUGGCUGUAUGUGUGAAAGAACAAGCUCACUACUCUCCUCCAUGGGCUGGAGUUAGUAUCAUAGGUAUAGCUGGAAGUUCUGGAUCAGGGAAAUCUACUUUGUCUCAUGCCAUUAUCUCUCAAAUGAACUUGCCAUGGGUUUGCAUUCUUAGCAUGGAUUCGUUUUAUAAGUCUUUAGACGCGGAAGGAUCACGAAAAGCAUUUUUGAAUGAAUAUGACUUUGAUUCACCGGAUGCAAUAGAUUUCGAUAGACUAGUCGAAAUAUUGCAAGACCUGAAAGCAGGAAAGAGAGCAGAGAUCCCUAUCUACUCAUUCGCAAAGCAUGCUCGAGAGAAGGAGACAACAUCAAUAUAUUCCCCGCAUGUACUCAUAUUGGAGGGUAUUUUUGCAUUAUACGAUCCUCGAGUUCUUGAAUUGUUAGAUAUGAAGGUAUUCUGUCAAGCAGAUGGAGAUACCUGUUUAUCCCGGCGAAUCCUUAGAGAUGUCGCAGAAAGAGGUAGAGAUAUUGAAGGUGUUAUAAAGCAAUGGUUUGGGUUUGUGAAGCCAAACUUUCAACGAUAUGUAGAGCCUCAGGGAGAAAUUGCCGAUAUCAUUGUGCCACGAGGUGUAGAAAACCGAGUUGCUAUCAAUAUGGUCGUACAGUACAUCCAGCGAACAUUAAAGGAAAAAUCAAUAGCACACAUUAUGGCUUUAAAGAAAUUGGGUCUGGGUGCUGAGGAUGAGCCUCUAUCUAAAUCAGUUCUUCUUUUGGAGCAAACGCCUCAAUUCAAAGGGAUGAAUACCAUCAUCCAAGAUAUAGGAACUCCGGCAGAAGAAUUUGUUUUCUACUUUGACCGGAUUGCUACUUUACUCGUUGAACAUGCUAUGAACAAUAUAUUCUUCACAGAAAAAACUGUUGAGACACCAAUCGGUAACAAGUACCAUGGUUUGAUAGCUACGGGCGAAGUUAGUGCAGUUGUUAUCCUUCGGGCCGGAGGAGCUCUGGAAACUGGCUUAAAGCGGGUCAUUCCGGAUUGCAAAACUGGAAGGCUGCUGAUUCAAUCGAAUAUCCGAACGGGUGAACCAGAAUUACAUUUCUUAAAUUUACCGGACAAUAUCAACAAACAUGAUAGUGUUUUGUUACUUGAUCCACAAAUGUCAAGUGGGGGAGCUGCACUUAUGUCGGUCCAAAUUCUUGUCGAUCAUGGAGUACCGCCCGAGAAGAUUGUAUUUGUGACUUAUACUGCAGGGAAAAUGGGAUUAAACAGACUUACAAAGGUCUUCCCUGAGGUUAAAGUUGUGGUAUGCACGAUAAUUCAGGACUACGAGGAGAGGUGGAUCGAGAAGAGGUAUUUUGGAUGUUGA